AGAGAGAGAGAGAGAGAACAAGAACCCUCAGAGUGGGAUGUGGGUCAACUUUGCCUGCCAUUUCACCAACCUGUGAGGAUUUGGGCAUACAAGCACAUGCUCUAGGCGUGACAAGAGAGUUGUGAACAGGAAGCUUGGAUCCAGGGCAAAGAACGGAGGAGAUUUAACUGGAGGAACUUCUAGAUUCAUUCCGCCACUUAAAUCUGAAAACGCUGGACCAUAUAAGUCUUACGGAUUUCAGGUAAAAACAGCCAUCAAAGAUGUCCAGCAAGACAGCAAGCACCAACAACAUAGCCCAGGCCCGAAGGACUGUGCAGCAGUUAAGAUUAGAAGCUUCCAUUGAAAGAAUAAAGGUUUCAAAGGCAUCAGCAGACCUCAUGUCCUACUGCGAGGAGCACGCCAGGAGUGAUCCUUUGCUGAUAGGAAUACCGACUUCAGAAAACCCUUUCAAGGAUAAAAAAACAUGCAUCAUCUUAUAGUGGAAUUGUGAAACAGUUCCUCACCUCUUCUCAGCCGAGCAGGUUAUGAGCAGUCCCUUGAAGAGAUUUACCUUCAGCUUAUUGGUAACCACUGCUAAUACCUAAAAUGCUCCUGACUUGGAAUAAUGGACGCUGAGGUCUUUAUUUUCCAAGUUGCCCUUUAUCUAAAAUACUCUUUACUGAUUUAAUACAAAAUAACAAUCUAGUUUUCCAUUCAGUAGCUAUGGUAUUAUCUUGGGUUACUGUUUAAGGAAAGUUGGUCUGGGCCUUUUUAAAAACACAAUUAUAUACUUUAAAUGUACAAUUGAUUCAGCUAUGUCAAGACCUAGAUUGCCUAAGCACCCAUCAAAUUAAAAUGCCAAGGAUAAUUUAAAUCCUGAAACCCUUA